AUGGAUGGUGAGGAGAGCUUCCUAACUCUAGUGCAUUACUCUGGUAAAAUUCAGAAAAGUAAAAGGCACAGUGUUAAAUUUACGAAUAGGGAACCGCUUAGCAUUUUUAUCCGGUCAUCGAGAUCCGAUAAAGAUAUACAGGUCUUGUUUCACUAUAGGCGAAGUAUUUCUGAAGUUAGAAUACCCGAGUUGUUUGCUAAGUUGAAAGAUGGCAUCGACAGUUCUAGGGAAUUAGCGCCAAAUCCUCAGUCGACGAUGAUGGGGGGUGCCUUAACGUCGAUGUCUGUGGUAGCACCUGCUUGUCUAUUGGUUGAUCCUCCAUGUAUUGCAGUUGGUACUGCUAGUUCAUCUCAUCGUGUUCCUGAUUUUGCAGUUGAGUCUGGACCGGAUCGAGUUGAAAAUGCGAUGCGAGAGGAUGAUUUAGACGAUGAGCCAGUCAACAUUGUUGGGGACAGUGAUGACGAUACUUCGAGGAAUCCACGUAUAUCCCAUGGACCAUCGAGUUUCGGCACACUGCAACAUCUACCACAUUUGUCGGCCUUAAACUUGGAAGCCAUAGGCCAACAGCCGGAGGUCAAUGCAACCUUUAGGAGUCAGGGAUUGUAUGAUGCAACCGCUCUAACAGAAUUUCAGAUUGACCAAUAUUUUCAAAGCAAGGAAGAAGCUGUGCUGAGUGUAAAGGAUUACAGCAUCCGACGUGGAGUUGAAUACAGAGUGAUGAAGCCAGACUAUCUUAAAUACCAUGGGAGAUGCAAGGAGUUCGGUAAAUGGUUCACGUGGAUGAUUCGUAUCACGCUCUGA